AUGGGCUGCUGUCGGUGCUGCUUCUGCUCCGGCCUCCUUCUUCUGUGCGUCUUGCUCGCCGGACUGUUCUACGGGCUGGAAACGGGCCUUUUCGAUGGAUCCAACAGCCGCAACUCCACUCAGCUCGUCAACCUCCGCGAAACAACUAAGAACACACCGACGCCGGUAAUUGAUUCAUUCAAUCAACUACUUCAAACCUAGGAAAUCGAUUAAAUCUUCAAAAUAAAUCCUAAAGUUAGGCGGACGCUUCUGGGACUGAGGGCGAAGGGCAGGCGAAGCAAAAAAUGACUUUUCGUUUAGCGUUUCCAGUAGACUUGAACAUUUUUGAAACUGUACACAGGGUUGGAAAGGCUCAACGGAAAACUUUGAAAAAAUUUAACAAGCAGUUAAUCACUAAGAAUAACUGACGAGAUAAAUGCGAGCUCGGUGGCGGUACAUUGACUAACUCGCAAAAAUGUCGCUUUUUUCUAGGCGCGAUCCCGCAUUUCUCUCGGCGCGACCUCGCAUUUUUCUCGGCGCCAUCUCGCAUUUAUCUUGCAUUUCGGAAAUUUUCAAAUUGCGAGGGAAAUGCGAGCUCGCGCCUAGAAAAAUGCGAGCUCGCGCCCAAACAAAUGCGAAACCGGCGCGAGAAAAAAUGCGAGAUGUUUGCGAGCUCGUCAAUGUACCGCCAGUGUCUCGCGUUUAUCUCGGCAGUUAUUCUUAGUGAAUAAGUCUUUAGAGGCUCUUACAAUUGGUGACGAAUUUUAACUGUUGCUCGUGCUGUACAAUUAGAUUUUUUCUGAAUGUCGGAACUUUGAAUGAAAGUUCAGAAUCCAGAAACGACACUAGCGCCGAGUUUUCUGAUAGUACAGGACUACGUCGACGAGGAUUUUUUGCACCAGAUCAUUAAAAGUGCCAAAGAUCGUGAGUUCUGGACUUUUCUUCCAUUGACACCAUUUCUUCCAGAAGAAAACUACGCCGAAGACGAGGGCACGAUAAAUUGA